CCAUCCAUUCCAGAUAAAGUCGAGGUUAAUAACAAUUUCCCACAAAUAAGCCGCACACAAAGCAGCUUCAUCUGUUCGGACUGCUUUCUCUCGUGGGCUGUUGUUCCAGCAUCCGUGUCAGGCAGAUUGUAAUUUGACUAAACGCUCCCCGUUUUUACAGCUGUUCCCACCAGCCCUCACCCAGUUGCUGCGCGGUUACGUUCAGUCAGUACUUUCCUCUCCUAGAAAUAACCGUCCGCCCCAGAGAAGUCCAUUUGUCCCGGGCCAAGAUGGGUGAGGUCGACGCGUCACGGUGGUGAAUUAAGGGGGAUGGGACGCUCGACGCUCACCCCACUUUUUCCUCCGUGGCCGGUCGCAGAGGGCGGAGUUCCGUGGAAGCGUUUGACAGCUGCGAGACAGAAAAAUGUGCAGCUCAUAGGAGCCAAACCAUGCCGCUCCGCCGGAGUGUGGCCCCUUUUUAGCCAGGGACUGGCCUCGUAAAUCUGAUCCAGCUGGAGAGCGGAUGAUAUAAUACGGGCGGAUUUGAUUAGUUUUUUUUUUUUUUUUUUACUGCGCGUUUGCCGGGAUUUUUAUUUUUUCGGGUGGGGAUGCAGCGCGCCUUUUCCUUCCCGGCGACCGUGGAGCGCAGCCGGACUAAGGAGCGCUUGGAGGCGAGUCUGGCCGGGCUGUGCGAGCUGGAGCUCCGCAGGCAGAGGCAGGAGGCUCUGGUGCUGGGGGCGCUGGCUCUUGGGGACCCUCUGGCCCAGGACGGCUCCAGAGGAGAACUGGCGUGCUUCAGCAGCUGGCCACAGGAUGACCUGACGCUGAGGCGUCAGCUGAGCGCUCUUCAGAGUUCUCCUCGCGGCCCGAUGCAGACGCUGGAACAGCAGGUGGGAGAACUGAAGAUUGACACCGAUGACAGCUUCUGUGACGGAGCUCAAGGAGACCCCGGUGACAGUCGGCCGAGUUCUGGUUUUUGCGAAUCAAGUGAAGGUCAGUCGCCAAAAGGAAAAUCUUCCUCUGCUGAGCCCCCAGAGGUGGUCUCAUCCUGGGCUUACACAAAUGACAGGUCCAAGUCUGCAGGAGAGCCCCUCGUGCUGAAUGGGGACUUUGAGGUGCCGGUUCUGCGGCCUAUGCUGCCCCGCUCCUUCUCUGCCCCUCACCCGCCUCUGGAGGGGAUCAUAGAGGAGGGCCCGGCUGUGGACUCCUGCCAGUGGGAGUCCUGCCAGUGGGACGCCUAUGCGCCCGGCCACGCCUGGCCGCAGCAGCCCGCCGAGGACCAGGUCACCGAGGAGGAGUACCAGCAUGCUCUGCGGGUAGAGGGUUACAUCAUGGGCCUCAUCCAUCGCCACACCCUCUCCCCCCGGCCGUGUCAGCCUCGCACCACCCUCAGCCCUGACCCCCAGUACCCAGCCGCUUCUGGACACGGCUCCCAACACAGGAGAACUCCCUCUCUCACGGCAGAGCAACGCCUUCCUGACCCCCACCUUCAGUCCCAUGUUGACCAAUUGACAAACCCUAAGAGCCAGGGAUGGGGUGGUGACCUGCCGGAGGGGGAGUCUGGCAGGGGGGACCCCCCAUCUUUUGAGAAAGACUGUUACUCGCAGCUGCCCUUCCCCCAGUCCAGGCCGCACUCUCUGGCUGGGAGGCAGCCGUCACCUCUGCCCUCCAUGGACCCGGGCAGUGCCGUCGGGGCUCUUGACCUUUGCUGCGACUCCCCAUCCCCCCAGCAUUAUCUCCAUCCGCAACCCCCUAUCCCUCAAAUGCACAGUUUAGUAAGCGCUCAGUACAUACCCGGGCAAGCCUGUCACGCUCCCGUGCGCUCUCCCCGACACUACAAACCGGAGCAGCCGAAGCCCGCCCGGGCCGCCGCCUCCUCUGAUCACCCCAACGCCAACCCCAAGUCCCGCGCAUCCAAAAAAACCCACAAUGACCGGCAGCGAGCCAAGAAGGCGAGCGGCAAAACCAGUCGAUCCCAGUCUGAAAACAGCCUCCUGGGGCAGCGAGUGCUCCCCGAAAGGAGGUACAGCACCACAGAGAGGCGCCAGGGCAGAGCCAAUCCCGCGCCGGGCCAAAGCCAGGUGGCCGGGGCCCACGCGGGGCACGCCGCCCACAACGGGAGCCGCCGCUGGUGCUCCAACCUGGAGCUGAGCCAGGAUGAGGGCGAGGCCCAGGCGGCGCAGGUCCAGAAACGGCCGCCUCGAAAAGCCCGGCACGGCCACCCCUGCUCGCAUUCCCAGCCGCAGCCGCCGGCCCAGCGCUGGCCCCCGGACGCCCAGGGCAGAGCGCCCCUCUGCCACGGGGAGGAGGCCUACGCGGCGGCCGCCCCCGCCGAGUCCGAGUCCAGCAUGAGCGAGGUGUACUCCCCGGCCUCCAGCUCGCUGUCCAGCGACUCGGACGAGAGCGGGGGCCUGGUGUGGCCGCAGCAGCUGCCCCCCCGCCUGGCCUCCACCUCGUCCUCGUCCUCCCCCUCGCCCCAGGCCGCCGCCAACGUCCCGUCUCAGCCGAAGGCUUUCGUCAAGAUCAAAGCCUCCCACGCUCUCAAAAAGAAGAUUCUGAGAUUCCGCACAGGGUCCCUCAAAGUCAUGACCACCGUCUGA